CCCCCUCUCUUUCAACAUGUAUGCUCUGUCCAUCAUUGUUCAGUUCGCCUUCCAAUAACAUCCCCUUCGUUUUCUCUCCAAUCUCAUCUCAAUCAAAUUCAAAAUCCAUUCGAUUAAAACCCUUAAAAGAUCCGCUUAAUUGGACCUCAAUUCAUUCAAUUUCAUUUUCUAAUUCAAAUUCGUCAUGCUUCUCAUCUGAUACUCAGUGAUUCUGCUGGAUUAUUUUUGAACAUGAAGAGAGAGCUACCUUUUGUGGUUGGAGUUCAGUCCCAGCUUGCUGGCUCACUUGGUCUUAGCCAUGGUCUCCCAAUUGAUACACAGUCGCAGCAGGAAGUAUCUGAGGACGGUGACUGUAAGAGACUCAAAGUUGCUAAGAUAAAUGGUUUCAUUGUUUAUUCUCGAGUUAAGAAGAGUAGAGCUAGUGAAUGUGAUAAAAUCAGUGAGGAUGUACUAAAUAAAAGGAUUAAUACCCAUGAGGAGCCACAAUUUGAUGUAACCAAUAGAAUAAAUACUUCGCUUGAUGAGGAUUGGAAGUGCCCAGUAGUUGAAACUGUAAUUGAAGAGAAUCAAGCGGUGGUUGGAACUGUAUGCAGAGACCAAUCAAUUUGCAAUGUGGAAUUGCCCGUUUGUGAAGAUGAAACAGUGAGUGAGCCUUGGCCAAUUCUAGUCAAGGAAGGAGGCACUAAGGGUGCGCAAAAAUUGGUUGCUGAGGGUAAUGAGGUGAAGAGCAAUAAGCUGAGACGGUUGACGCGGUCAACUUUGAAGUUUAAGGUAGAGCCUGUGGAGGUAAAAGUUAAUGGAUUAGAAGAUAUUGACAGCAAAAUGAUUUCAAAGGUAGAUGUGGAGAUUGUAGCUGACGGAAGUGCGUUGACCCCUCCAAAGAAGAAUUUAGAAUUGAAAAUGUCUAAAAAGAUUGCAUUGGACAAUGUACCAAUGACAGUCAAGGAGCUCUUUGAGACUGGUUUGCUUGAGGGGGUACCAGUUGUUUACAUGGGCGGCAAGAAGUUUCAGGCAUUUUGUCUCCGGGGUACGAUCAAAGAUGUUGGAAUUCUGUGUUCAUGCUCUUUCUGCAACGGAUGUAGAGUUAUCCCACCUUCACAAUUUGAGAUUCAUGCGAUCAAACAAUACAGACGUGCGGCACAGUACAUUUGUUUUGAGAAUGGGAAGAGUCUACUUGAUGUUCUGAAUGCAUGCCGCCUAUCUCCUUUGGAUUCUCUAGAAGCAACAAUUCAGAAUGCCAUUAGUGAUUUGCCAAAAGAGAAAACUUUCACCUGUAAGAGAUGCAAAGGUACAUUCCCUACAAUUUUUGUUGGCAAAGUAGGGCUUUUAUGCAAUUCAUGUGUGGAGUCAAAGGAAUCUAAUGGCACCCCAGCUUGUGAAGCUAGUAUAAAGAUUAGCUUAGCAGAGCUGGUUCUGUCUGUGGGGUCAUCUGGAAGUGCUUCUGUGUCUACACUCUCACAUGAUAAUACUCUAAGGAAGAUAACUAGAAAGUCAUCAAAACGAGAUUUAAACAUAAAGUUGUUAAGGAGUGUGCCAGUGCGAAUGUCUUCAAGGAAAAAGAUUGACUUGAAAAUAACAACAAAGUUGUCAGAACCAGAGAUCAUGACAAAAUCCUCAAAAAAUGCUUCUCUGCAUCUUUCCUCACGGAAAGGGAAGCAAUGGAAGAUAACACUGAGGACGCCAAAAUCAGCUGUAGUAUCAAAGUCCUUGAAAAGUGCAUCAGUGGGUGUCUCUUCACAAAAUAAGAGCCAGUGGAGAAUAACAACAAAAGAUCAGAGGUUGCACAAAUUGGUUUUUGAGGAAGGUGGAUUGCCUGAUGGGACUGAAGUAGCAUACUAUGCUCGUGGGCAGAAAUUGCUUGUGGGUUACAAAAGGGGCUUUGGAAUACUUUGUUGUUGCUGCAACUGUGAGGUCAGCCCCUCAACUUUUGAAGCUCAUGCAGGGUGGGCUACUCGCAAAAAGCCGUAUGCAUAUAUUUACACUUCUAAUGGUGUGUCACUUCAUGAACUGGCAAUAUCGCUAUCAAAAGGUCGCAAGUAUUCUGCCAAGGACAAUGAUGACCUAUGCAUCGUAUGUGCAGAUGGUGGGAGUCUUGUUCUUUGUGAUGGAUGUCCAAGGGCUUUCCAUAAAGGAUGUGCAUCUCUUGCAAGUAUUCCCCGUGGUAAAUGGUUUUGCCAAUUUUGCGAGAAUAUGUUCCAAAGGGAAAAGUUCGUAGAACACAAUGCCAAUGCUGUUGCGGCUGGAAGGAUUUCUGGAGUUGAUCCUAUAGAACAGAUAACCAAGAGAUGCAUUCGUAUUGUCAGAAACAUAGAAGCAGAACUUAGUGGAUGCGUCCUAUGCAGAGCUUACGAUUUUAGCAGAUCUGGAUUUGGUCCACGCACAAUUAUACUUUGUGAUCAGUGUGAGAAGGAAUUUCAUGUGGGCUGUUUGAGGAGUCAUAAAAUGGCAAACCUAAAGGAAUUGCCAGAAGGGAAGUGGUUUUGUUGCCCGGAUUGUGGCAGGAUCCAUUCUACUUUGCAGAAGUUGAUAAUCCGUGGAUCUGAAAAACUCCCCAUCUCUCUUUUGGAUGUUAUAAAGAAGAAGAAUGAGGAGAAAGGUUUGGAAACCAUUAAUGAUAUUGAUGCGAGAUGGAGGCUUCUUAGUGGCAAAAUCGUUUCAGCUGAAACUAAAGUGUUACUUUCUCAAGCUCUUGCUAUCUUCCAAGAAUGUUUUGAUCCUAUAGUAGAUAAAACUGGACGUGACCUUAUUCCUUUGAUGGUUUAUGGGAAGAAUUCUAAAGGCCAAGAUUAUGAGGGGAUGUACUGUGCAGUAUUAGUUGUCAAUUCAUUUGUUGUGUCAGCCGGAAUACUUAGAAUUUUUGGGCAAGAAGUUGCUGAACUUCCCUUAGUUGCAACAAGUAAUGGCAACCAUGGGAAGGGCUAUUUCCAAUUAUUGUUCUCCUGCAUCGAGAAGUUGCUGGCUUUUUUAAAUGUUCAGAGCCUUGUGCUCCCAGCUGCUGAAGAAGCAGAAUCUAUAUGGACUGAUAAAUUCGGUUUUCAAAAGAUAAAACCUGACCAGAUUAGCAAUUACAGAAAAAGUUGUUGUCAGAUGGUGACCUUCAAAGGGACUUCUAUGCUGCAGAGAAUGGUUCCUGCUUGUAGAAUUGUUAAUCAAAAUGCUGGGUCCGUAGGAGUAUUGUAAAGAAGUGGUAUGAGCUAUUUUUUGGCUAAGAGAGAAAAAGAAGCAUAGUGUUUACAUUUCAAUUUUUAUUUUAUUUUUUCUGUUUUAUUUUUUUUUUUUUUGAAAAUGUGUGUACAGAAUUAGGUAUUUAAGGGAGGUAUAUAUAUAUCUGGAGGAAGCAAAUGCUACUCAUUUGUGCUGACCACUUUAUCAAACAUGUCAGAUCCAUGAUGCAAUAUUCAUCUGCCGGAUCAUCAUUUUACCGGACUGUCAACCCAGAUUUUCCUGAGAAAGUGCAUUGAUUGCGAAA